AUGUCGAGCAUUGAAAAACAGAUCAACUAUGAACGCCGCGUCGCACAUCUGCUGUGUGCAGCAAUUAAUUCGCAACUGGAACUCGAGAAAGCCACGGGAAAAUUGAUUAAAAACGUGUAUGGGGAUUUGAAAAGAAUGAAAGCUUCUGAUUGCUUAAGUGAAGAUUGGAUUGCAAUGUUUGACAAGUCACAGGAACUAGUUGACACUUUCAGAAUGUUGAUCAUUGAUGAUAGUCCCUUAUCGACGAUUGAGGAGAGAAGAGUUGUUGUCAAAGUCGAGAAUGAAUUGAUGAGCGGAGGAAAGCCAGAGGAAGAUAUUGAAGAGUACCUCGAAGUACUAUUGAAGGAGAUGCAUCCCAAUUUGUAUCAUAUUAGAGCUGCUGCUAGCUUAGAUAAACAGGAACUACACGAUGUAUUUGGGUUGGCAAAGCAAAUGGCCGAACCUCAUAAAUUUGCGUUUGAUGAGGAAACGAAACAGGCAACUAAUGAGGAAAAGAAGGACAAAAAAGUAAAUAGGAACAAAAAGAAGAAUAAAAAGGGGGGCAAGAGGAGAUUUGAAAGAAAGGGUGAGCCUUCAAGUCUCUUAAAGAGAAACUGA